CUGCAGAACAUGCAAAUGCAUCGACAUAUCAAUUAACACUUGAAACAACCAUUCAAGCUGCUAAAUCUAGAAAGAAUGUAAUAACUUCUUUUGUUAAAGCAUUAGUAAAAGCAAAUAUUCCACUUGAGAAAGCAAAUAAACUACAGUCUUGA